AUGGCCCGUAUGACAGACGAGUCCGCAGAGGAGCUCUUUGUCGACAAAGAGGGCAUCCCGCACUGGGACGGUGAGAACAUAGCUCUUCUACGAGAAUAUCGAAUGAGGGUGAUGAUAGAGUACAGCACACAGUCGAGCUCAACGGAGGCUGGCAAGGAGAAGCGGGCGAACUUGGGCCUGCGCUUGACGCGAGGCCUCACUGGCCGCGCGUGGAAGGCGGUGGAGCCCCUGCUGGACGACCUGGCGUCGCUCACCCAGGAGGGCUCGCACCAGAAGAUCAUCGAGGCUCUCGAUGGCUUAGACAAGGUAGCGGUAGUGCGCAAGCAGCAGAAGUUCGACGAUUUCUUCAAGAGGUCCCGCCGUCGUCGUGGCCAGGAGAUCGUCGAGUACCUGAGGACGUUCCACAACAAGUACAAGGAGCUGACAGAGCUGGACACGGGGACGAAGCUCAGCGACGAUCUCUACGCGUACUUCCUCCUUGAGGGGGCUAUGCUGACAGACGACCAGAAGAGGCUGGUCACGAUGGUGGCGGACAACAAGUAUGAGACAAAGGCCUUCGAAAACACACUGAAGACGAACUACCACGACCUCCACCUGCAGGAGAAGACCUCCCGGCCGCCACAGCCUCAUCCUCAUGGACGCUCGAAGGGCGGAGGCAAGGGCGGCAAGGACAAGAAGCGCGGCUUCUUCAAGGCGGAGGGCACGCUGACCUUCGAGGAGCGCAAGGCGGAGAUCGCGAAGGACAAGCAGCGCACGCACUGCGGGGCGCGCGGCAAGCUCGGCCACUGGGCUGGGGACCCGGAGUGCCCCAUGGGUCCGAAGAGGCCGAAGCCGUCAGCGAAGCCGAAGAGUCGAGCUGACCCACGCGGCCGAGCGGCGGCGCUUUCGCGCCCGGCCUGGAGCAGUCCUUCGGCCUCGGGCAGCAGCCCACGCCCAACGAGCAGCACCAGUGCCAAGAAGCGGAGGGACGCGACCCUUUUCGUGCUGGACGACGUCGAGUACGACUCGGCCUUCCUCGUCAGCUCGGACCGCGGCUCCGACCUCGGCUCCUUCAAGCUCGUGGGCAGCGACGUCGGCGACAGUGCGAGUGUGGCCAGCGACAGCCUCAGCACGAUCCUCCCGACGAUGAAGGACGACGAGGUGCUGCCGUGCCCGAAGUGCUCCAAGGCUCUGGUGGCUCGCCAGAAUCAUCGGACAGGCGGCUGGUUCUUCGGAUGCAGGCAGUUUCCGGACUGCAAGGGCACGCUGAACUACAACGAGGGCGAGCAGAGGCUGCGCGAGGCGCGGCCACCGCCGUCUUCGGCCUGA